CGGCGCGGGGGGCGUCGCAGAGCGCCGGGCCAUGCCGCAGCACAGCACCCUGCUCCACCUGCUCGCCGGAGGAUGUGGUGGCACAGCUGGAGCCAUCCUGACCUGUCCCCUGGAAGUGGUGAAGACGCGUCUACAGUCAUCCCAACUGACUCUGCGGCCUCUGUGCCUUUCAGAGAUACAGCUGCCAGGGAUGAGUGUGAGGCUGAUGAACCCCACCCCACCAUCUCCUGGAGUGCUCAAGUUGCUGAGGGCCAUCCUUGAGAAGGAAGGCAUGCGAUCCCUGUUCCGAGGUCUGGGUCCAAACCUUGUUGGGGUUGCUCCUUCCCGGGCUAUAUAUUUUGCUGCCUAUUCUGGUGUUAAGGAGAGGCUCAAUGCUGUCCUUGUACCGGAGUCCAAGAAAGUACACAUGCUAUCAGCAGCCUGUGCAGGCAUUACCUCUGCCACACUCACCAACCCUAUCUGGUUAGUGAAAACCAGGAUGCAGCUGGAAGCCAGGGUGAAGGGGGAGAUGGCCAGCAACGCUCUCCAAUGUGCCAUGCAUGUGUACCGCACGGAAGGCCUUCGUGGAUUUUACCGUGGUAUCACUGCCUCCUAUGCUGGAGUGUCAGAGACCAUCAUACACUUUGUCAUCUAUGAAACACUGAAACGGCAGCUGAGAAACAGCCAUCGUUCCCUUUCCCCACCACUCACACUUUCACCAAACAGCCAUGAUUUCUUUGGACUAAUGGGAGCUGCUGCUGUCUCCAAAACGUGUGCUUCAUGCAUUGCAUAUCCACAUGAGGUCAUUCGGACACGGUUGCGAGAAGAAGGGUCGCGAUACCGUUCCUUUAUACAGACUCUGCAGCUUGUGGUCCAUGAAGAGGGACCCUUGGCUUUAUACCGAGGGCUCCUGGCUCACUUGAUCCGCCAGAUCCCAAACACAGCUAUCAUGAUGGCUACCUAUGAACUUAUCAUACAUUUGGCCUCUUCCACCUUGUAAGCACACUGUAGCACCUGGCUAAGGCUGCUGUAAAGAUACAGGGACCUCAUGGUCCUGAGGCUUCGUCUUUUUCCAUGCUG